AAAAAAAGUCUUUUUUAAAAAUAUAGUCAUAAAAUAUUAAAAAUAUAUCUAUUUCCCUUAAAAUCUACUAGAAUAUCUUUAAGUAAUAUCCUUUACUAUAUCUAUUGUUAAAAACUACGAUAUCCAGCUAGACGUUGUUGUUUUUAAUAAAUAAACUAUAUUCCAUGAAUAAUACUAAUAAAAAGACUUUGAAAUCAUUUAAACAUGAUUCAGUUUCAGUCUUAAAAUAUGAUUUAUUGGAGAAAUUAAUGAGUAAUUGUAUUCAUUCAGAAAGUCUGGUUGAUAUCUCUCAAAUUGUUCGUAUUCUAGAUUUUUCUAGCAAAAAGAAGAAUAAAUGUUUGAAAUGUCAUAAAUCAAAGAAGAAUGUUGAUGAAUUUUGUUUUUGUUUACAUUGUGGGGAUAUUUUUUGCUCAGGACCUGAUAAGAGUCAUCUAUAUAACCAUAUUAUUAAGAAACCUAUGCAUUAUCUUUUUAUAAAUACGAAAAAUAUUAGUAUUUAUUGUUGUAUUUGUAAUAAUGAAAUAUCAUUUGAGAAAAAUAAGAGUUUGGAAGUGAAAGAAUUACAGAGGAUUAUUGAGCGGAAGUUUUUUGAUGAAAAUGUAAAAAAUAAGAAAAAAUGUGUUAAAAGUAAGGAAUGUUCAUUUAAAUAUAUAUCAUUAGUUCCUGGACUUGAAAAUUUGGGUAACACGUGUUAUUUUAAUUCAGUUAUGCAAGUUUUGGCAGCUAGUUGUUUACUUCAUGAUAUUAUAUCUUCUACGCCAUUUUCGACGCCGAUUUUCUCACAAAUAAAUGGAAAAGGAUCACUUAUCUCUGCAUUUAUUGAAUAUCUUGAAGUUGUAUAUUCUUGUACAUCUAAGAAUAUAAUAUUUAAACCACAAAAACUUUUUAGUCAGGUACAAAAUAGACAUAAACAGUUUCAAUCAUAUGAACAACAAGAUGCACAUGAACUACUACGUUAUUUUCUUGAUUCUUUGAAUAUGGAGGAGCUUUCUAAUACAUGUAAUAAAAAUGUAACUGAAAAGUCAUUAAGGCAGAAACAAAAGGCAUUUGGGAAAAACGAUAUAACAUUUAUGACGUCCAUUAAAAAUGAAAAUUUAACAGAAAAUAAUAGUGAUACACAGGAAAAUAUUACAUUUGUUGACAAACUUUUUGGAGGAAGGUUAGCCAGUGUUGUUGUUUGCGAUACAUGCAAAUCGGUUUCCAUGACAUAUGAAAAAUUUCAAGAUAUAUCAUUAUCAAUAAAUACUCUUAUAACGGAUGAUUCUAAUCAAGUAAACCGCAAAAGUAAUUGGCCUAAAAAAACUAAAAAAAAAGAUAAGAAUCAUUUACAUCAUAAUUCUCAAAUAUCUCGUUCUUAUUCAAAUGAUUGUCUAGAAAAUGUAUUUGAUGAAGGUGGAUCUUUAUCGCCAAAAAGUUUAGAAAAUAUAGUAAAAACAAGUAUUGAUUUUAAACAAUUGUCUGUCGAUUCUUUUAAGAAAGAUAUGAUUGACAUGUAUAAAGACGAUUUUGCGAUUUCCGGAAUUUCAACAGCAAUUGAUGAAACAUCUAAAUAUAUUGAUCUUUUACUUUUCGAAAAAAAUACUGUUGAUUAUAAAAAAAAAGGUUCCUGGGAUUUGGAAGAUAGUUUGAGACAGUUUACAAGUGUUGAGGUUAUGGAAAAUGAAAAUAGUUUUGCAUGUGAAGAAUGUGCAAAGCGUUUUCAUUCCGGUAAAAAAAAUGAUAUUUGUAUCUCUUCAAAAAAAAAAUGGCAUGAUUUUCAGUUGCCUGAUUCUAAAUUAUCUAAAAAUUGCAAAGUUUUGAUUCGAUCUGAUGUCUCUUUUAAAUUUUCCUGUCACUUAUCCGAUCUUUGCAUUCAUGCUUCUAAUGGUUCUAAUGUUAAAUGUAAGACCAGAUCUUUUUUUUUCAAUUUACCUAAUUCUUCGAUUCAUUCUUCACUUGAUGACCGACACUCUUCUAAUCAUCCAAAAAGUUUUCUUUCUAAGGCAUUUAAACGCUUUUUGAUUGAUAUGCCAUUACCACCUAUUUUAAUUCUACAUCUUAAACGCUUUCAACAAACUGGUCGUGUUCGUUCUUUAAAAAAAAUUGAUACUUUUGUUGAUUUUCCUGCAACGCUUGAUUUAACUGAUUAUGUAACGCCUAGAUUGCGGUACGGUCCUGGUUUAUUAUAUUCAUUAACCGGUGUAAUUGUUCAUAUAGGAAAUUACACUCAUGGCCAUUAUGCAUGUUAUAUUUUAACACAUAAAAUUCAACCAUUACAUGAAUCUAUGUCUACAUCUUCAAUCAAUUCAAAUAAUCCAAUCAGACAAUGGGUUUUUGCUAAUGAUACUGAAACACGUCCUGCAACUUGGGACGAAGUACGACGAUCUUCUGGAUACAUUUUUGUAUAUGAACAAAUUCAUUCAUAAUGUUUUUAAAAUCAAUUUCAUAAUAUUUACAUAUCCUUUUCC